AUGGCAGAAGUGGAGCAAAAGAAGAAAUGGACCUUCCACAAGUUCACCUACUGUGGUGUGGACCUCCACCAGUCGCUGGAUAUGUCCUCUGAGCAGCUGAUGCAGCUAUACAGUGCCCGCCAGCAGCAGCAGCUGAACCAAGGCCUGAGCUGCAAGCAGCACGCACUGCUGAAGUGUUUCUAUAAGGCCAAGAAGGAAGCACCACCCAAGGAGAAGCCAGAGGUAAUGAAGACACACCUGCUGGACACAGUCAUCCUACCUGAAAUGGUGGGCAGCAUGGUGGGCGCCUUCAAUGGCCAGACCUUCAGCCAGGUAGAGAUCAAGGCUGAGAUGAUCAGUCACUACCUAGGGGAGUUCUCCAUCACCUACAAGCCUGCGAAGCAUGGCCGGCCUGGCAUUGGGGCCACACACGCCUCCCACUUCAUCCCCCUCAAGUAG